CGUGCCUCAGUGAACGGGUGCGCGUUUACAGGCUUCGCCCUAUGCCAAAUUAAUUCCAAAGUUUAUUUGUUGAUAUUAACCUAAAACUCGACAAAACCGCGAUUAAUGGGAAAUUUUAGUAUGUGCGAUGGUCCUCGACACUUGUCUCCGGGCCUUCCCUUGCUAUCCAGGCUGCAAUAACCUCGUCGGGGUUUAACAACUGUCCAGCGGGUUUGCAGCGAUGGUGAACAGCGGCUCCCUGGAGGGAGGGGAGUGCGCGGUAGGAGGUGGAGGGGAAGUAUCAGAAGGUAGGCACUCCGCGGACGGCGGGGAUGAUGCCGGGAGGGCGUCCAGGGCCAAGGAGACCGCCUCCGUAGAUGGAGAUGAGGCCAACAUCACGCACAACGACACUUUUCCUCUUGAUAAGAUGCAAACUUUGCUGUCUAGCCCGACGGCUGCCACUCAAUCCCUAUCAACAUCACCUGUUCCAAAACAGGACGAAAGCAGCGGCGGGUCUGCAGGGGGCAAUUCAACCGUCACAAAGCCGUCAACGGUGCGAAAACUAUUAUGUCUCUAUUGCGAGAGGUCAUUUGUCAGUGCCACGCUGAGACAAAAGCAUGUCGAGAGGGUUCACUCGGUGAAGCAAAGUCGAAGAAUCAGCUCUCGGCGACAGUCUCAACUGACGGUAACCCCGUGCGUUUACUGUGAUCACCAACAACCAGACAACACAUUGGAUGAUCUCUUCAGACACCUAGUGCAGGAGCAUUCCAACAGGUACUUUGGGUGUCUGACAUGUAGAGAUCGAUUUUUGAGUCCAGCAAUGUUGGCGGACCAUAAUUCUGCCAACCAUCCAACCAAAGAUGCUCCAUCGCAGCCUGAUACCCAAAAGAUUCAGGCCACAGCAGUUGAAGAACAAACCACCAAAGGAACUGAGGAGCAUCGAGAAGACCCGGAAAUAGACGAGGAAGUGACUGUGAAAAUUACUAGAAGUCGAAUAAAAAAAGCGGAAGAGAUUAGCAAGAAACCUGGAAAGUUACGAGAUCUACGAAGCAGGAGGUUGACGGUGAGGAGUUCCCGCCUGGCUUUGAAAAAGAAAGAAGGGAAGAAAUUAGGCUUAAAACUCACGGAAAGUCAACAGCGAAAGCGUUCCAAACAGGUCGAUCGAACCAACUCCGAUCCCAGCACCAGCACAAAAUCUGUCGAAAAACAAACGAAGUCAACUUCAAACUGUAUCAACCCAUAUCCAGAGUUUGACAGUUUCUAUAGGGUGAAAAAGAUCACCGAUCAUUCCAUUGAUAACCUCAAAAUCAGCUCGCUGACGUUCGACGAUGUUUUUGAUAAAGCUUUCUUCAAUCGGAUCAAGUGCAAUAUUGAAGAGAAUCUUCUUCAUCAUAUCGAUGGAAAGCUUUUCAAAAAUCAGGAAUCGGAGACGAGGAUAUCUAAUUUUGAAAAGGUGUCCACAACACCACAGGAAUCUCAAAGUUCGAAUCCAGAAAACUUUGGCUGUGAACUUUCCUUGAAUGCUGUGACGCCAGUGGCAUCAUUAUCAUUGAAUUCUCAAUUUGGGGAGGAUUUUGAGUCACAGAUCGAGUACGGAGCAAAACCUUCCAAAAAGAAGACUCAAAACAAGAAGGACGAGGUUCACUACAAAUACUUCACGCGUCGCAAGUUUCAAGCCAGCAUUUUGGAGCAAAAAGAGAAUCGCGAUCUCAGCAAACUGGACAUGUGGACGCAACUAGUCAUCAAGAAACGCCAACAGAAGAUGGUGGAUGAUAAAAAAAGUGCUAAAGAAAUGUUGGAGUAUUCUUCGUGUGAUGAAUACAAAAAUAAACUCAGAAGAGAGGAAUUGAAUAAAAUUUUGGACCGACGGGGCCCAUUUGAAGAUCUCAAGGAGGAAGCAAGUAAAAAAGCAGCCCUAGACAAACUAAAUUCUUUGAACCCCGAAAGGAGCAUCAGUCCCGAGAGCUUUAUGGAAGUUAGGGAAGUCCUGAAUGAGAUUCUUAAUAAAGUGUUCGCUAUAACAGAACAAGACUGUGAAAGCGAGAUUUUAGGUGAAAAUACUUCUAGAUGUGAAGAUGUUAGGAAAAUUCCUCGUUACCUGAACUUGAGACCUUCGUCAUCUCUACCGACCGAUGGUGACAUCGACCAUUCUGACAAGAUCACAUUGAUCUGCUCAUCCCGGGAAACGGAUAACUUCGAGCUACCUACCAAUCCUGUGCGAUCAGAGAACGAGCUGGUGGAACUGUCAGGCGAAUGGGCACGAUGUCGGAUGUAUGUAUGCGCCGCAUGCGGAGCAAAAUUACCCAACAUGCGAUACCUUUUGGACCACAAGAAUAUUUACCAUCAGAAUGUUUGGGUGCAGCAUUACGAAUUCGUCGGGAACCAGAGCGAGCUGUAUAGACAUCUCAGUAUCCCUGCACUUGGCAAGGUUGGCGCUGUCGAGGAGCGGCUCCCAUGCAAGUUGUUUAAAAGGAGUGAUGCUAGACUGUGCACUAAAUGCGACAAGCAGUGUAAUUCUUUGGGAGAAUUGCACAGGCAUGUGUUGGAAUGUGGAGGCGAUUGGACAUGGAUGCUGGUUAGAAAGAAAUGCAAGUACAAGCCAUUUGGUGCUAAAUCCAGAAGGAAAAGGAGAGGACUGGUCCAAAGACAUAGACAAAAGACUGAACCUACCGAACGCAAAAAAUACAAGAAACGGUUUGAAGGUCCCAGACAGAAACCUAGUGACGCGGAAACAAUUCAACGCAUGUUAGCCAAUCUGCCAGCUAAGCGAUCAACUAGGAAGAUGAUAUCAUUCCAAGAAGGCAUCUACAGAUCUAGGAAAAAUACCACAGUUAAUCAAAUUUCUCGCAAAACGGUCAACCAGAAGAAGAUUAAAUGCGGAAAGGUGAUAUAUACUACAAGAAGCAUCAAGGAAAAUAUGGAAAAAACUGUCAAUACUCAGAAAAAGCCAACUACUUCUAACAGGACGCUGAAGAGUCUCAAUAAAGUUCUGUCCAGCAGGAUUUUGGAUACGAGUGCUAAGUACAGCGUGAAAAGAAAGCUACAGGCAUUGAAACAACAGAAAUGCUCCAGAUCUACAAACGGUUCUAGUCCGGAAAAUUCUGAGUCUGUAGAAUCUACGCGUCCUACCCGUUCCUCGCCAAGGAGUUUUCCAAAUGACUCUAAACAAGUCGCGUCUACCGUGAAAAAGAUACUUUCGAGCAAACUGAAUAUCAAAUCCUUUUUUCCUGUUAAAAAACAAAACAACAAAAAAGGGCUGACAGAGAAUGCUUCUAGUGAAAAACCUGAUAAAAAACCUAGGGGCAAAAAGACUGAAGGAGGUAAACUUGGAUCGGAGAAUAAAAAGACUAAAUCUGAUAUUGCUAAAAGCACUGCCAAAGCGUUAGAUGUUAAACCCAGUCGAAGUGUUACCAGAAAAUCUGAAAACAAAGUGAAAUUAAAAAAUCCAGUAAAGCCAAUUUUAAAUGAGGAGGAGGAAAAAACUGCCAAGAAGCGUAAACUAAAACAAAAUUUGAAAAACGUCCUGAACAAAGUGAAGAAAUUGAAGCUAGACGGAGUGACAAGCGAUCGAAAUAAAGUGCAACAACCUAAUGCAAAGGAUCCUUUUUUAGACGAAGGCAAGCCAAAAAUGUUGCAACCAGACAAAAUAGUAAUCCCUUCAACCUUAGAAACGAAAGAAAAUAUAGCUGACAUAUCAAUAAAUGCACCUGUUGCGAUCAACUUUAACGAAUCUAACGAAAAUCCAGCAAUUCCAGAGACGAUGUUCAAGCUCGGGUCAGACAAUGAGAAAAAUUUGCAGGCUAAGGGAGAAUUGAACUUUGAUAGACCGAAGGUUACUCUAGAAACACCAAAGACGAUUCCUGAAAUGCCUGUUGAGGCAGCGACGGUUCCAACUGAAGAGAUGAAACCUAUCUCGAUUGACACAAGUACAACUACUACUAAGUGUAAAGUUACGCCUCUUACAUCUCCGAGCUCUAAAGCAAAACCCUGGAAGCCAGCUAGGGGUCUGAAUGAUUGUAUUGCUAUGUUGACUAGCAAAUUGCAACAACAUGCUGAACCCAAACCUGUAGAACCAUGCUCCAAACUCCACGGUAUCGUUAGCGUAUUUUCUUCAAGUAGCCCAACAAAGGUUGUAGAAGAUCCCAUACCUCACAAAACCGAAUGUAUUUUGAAGAUACCAACAUUCAAAACCAACAUGCUUUUGGGUACUGAGGAAACUGCUCUUGAUCUUAGUACCAAGAAGAAGACAGGCGAGAUACCUUCUCCAAUAUGGCCUGUCAACAUAGAACAAAUUAAACUCAACGCUGUCCGAAGUACAGUUGAUAAAACUAUAGAAGACGUUAUCAGCAAUACAGGUUUCCAUAUGCCAUGGGACCUAGCAGCUCAUCAACCUAACAAACUUCACAUUCACUUCCCAAGAAGUUCGGUUGAUGAUAUCAUAGAUUUUGUGGUAGCCAAUAGUACAAAUGAAAACUUUAAACCGUUAGAGGGUGGUAUAAAGAAAAUAAGGAACCCGAGAAAGCCUAGGGAUAGAAAACCAGUUUCAAAAAAGUCUGUGAAUACUUGUGAUACGCUCAAAAAGGACGAGAAGGACUUGGUAGUAACAAAAGGAAUUGAGGUGAAAGAGGUUGAACAGUCGAAAGUCGAUGAAGCUGAAGUUGGCGACUCUAUAGUAGAGGAUUUAGAAAAUAUUUUGAAACAGUAUGUAGUUACUGUAACGUCAGAUAUCCUACCUACAAAUACAGAAAUUGAAGAUAAACUCGACAAAAAGACAGAAGAUGCUAAAACUGAUAAUGUAGAGAUAAAGACGCCUCUAGAAACAAAUGAUUCUGCUGAAACCAAAAUUGGGGCAAUGAUUGAGAAUAAGGACGUACCCCAGAUAGUGCCUUCUAAAGACAUAAUCAAAGAAGGGAAACCUCCAACUAAUAUUAAAGACACAUUACAAGAUAAGAUGCAGUUGGUUAAAGAGUUGCAAGUGAAGAAGAAAAACCGAAAGAUUGGCCAAGUUAGGAAACCCCCAGUGAAGAAGAAUGAUGAGGUUAUCGAAUCAAACGUCGCUAAAAAAUCUGGCAAAGAGAGCAAACCUGCACCUACAGACACGGAGUCAGCUAUUGAAGAAGAAACUAAAUAUGAAGCCAAACAAGUUCCUGUUCUCGAAACCCAUUUAGAUAAUUUACUUGAUAUUAAGGAGAUAAACACCAAUAUAGAGGUAUCCACAGUUCAAGGCGAGCCAAACAUUGAUAGAUCACUGAAAAGUGAUAAAAUCCUGCUCCACAACGAAGAUGAACCACAUCAUUUGGAAAAUAAAACUGUUACAUCGGUGGGAAAGUCUUCCAGUGAUUCAGAAGACGAUGUUCCAUUAAUCGCAUUGAAAGCUGCGAGCAGGAGUGCUUCUCAAGAAGAUAUUUCAAGAGAUAUUGUGCGGUGUGAAGCAAAUAGUGAUACAAGUUCAGAAAAUGUAACUUUAGAUAAGCUGGCUGGUCUCCACACAAACGAUGAUAAGUCUGCUGACAAAAAUGGUCCACCUUCCGAAGUAAAGGAUACGGCUCCUGGAGAACCUAUUGAGAAACUUGUCAAUGACGUUUCUAAAGCAUCAAGUGUUAUUGCAGCUGCCGAGUCUAGCCCUACUGAUUCCAAACCCAUAAAAGAACCUUCUAAGAAAUCGAAAAAAUCAUCAAAGAGACAACCUAGAAAUAAAAAGACUCUUUCAAAGAGUACCAGUGAUUUGACAACUGGAUUUGUGGAAACUGAUAUUACACAGAUUGAAACAGUAGUUAAAGGUGACCCUGUCCAGGUCAAAGAUAAUAUAUUUUUUGAGGAUCAAAUGAAACGAACAUAUGAAGGAAAUAAAACUGCACAUGAAGAAGGAAUGACUUUGAUUGUUAAUACAGCUGCUUCACAGGAUGAACCACAUAAAGCUCCCAAAAGAAGUGUCUUAAUAAAAGAAUCUAAAUUGACAGCUGCUUUAUCUAAAAUUAAAGAGAAAGCUGCAUUACAAAGUUUUACACCUGUUCCACCAGCAAACGAUCUAUUUUUAUCAAAAUCAAAGUCGGAGCCUUGUUUAUUUGGUGCUUUGAACAUUUCCUUAUCAUUGGAUAAUGUUAGGCCAAAAGUUGUUGAUCUUAAGUCAAAUCCUUUAACAAGUAAAUCAAUUGGAAAUAAACAGCUAGAAGAUGAAUUGAUAAAACCGUUGGUUGAAAAUUUAAACAAAAAUGGUGAUAAAUAUAGAAAAGAGUAAUGAAACUACCGCUGACGAGAAAAUUGCGGAACAAGAUACUAGAGAUGAGACCGCUAAUAUUCCAGAUUUAACUGGAUGUAAUAAAACUGAAAUUGAAACAUCUAACGGAUCGAGUGAACCUACAAAGAGGGGGGCUGUAAACUCAAAAAAGCGUGGUAAAAUAAGUACAUUUAUGAGAGGCAUAAAAAACCGAAUAUCAAAAGUCAUUGGUGGACAAAAAUCUACUAAAACCAAACAAAAAAUGGUUUCAAAGAAAGAUGCCAAAAGAAGCACUAGAUUAUCACAAGUAAACUUUGGAAAUGAUGUUGCUGUUGAUAACACUGUUAUUGCAGCUAGUUUGUCUACAUCUCUUCCAUGUAAUAACAGUAAACUUAAUCAAAGUCUUCUAAAUGAAGAGACUGCACAAUUAUCACUGAACGGUAUAAUGGAAGAUACAACAUCUUCGGGUCAAUUUGAAUCGGAACCAAAACCUACGAGAAAUUCAGGAAGAACUUUUCCCAUUGCAUCCGAAAAAACUGAUAUAGUUGACAGUUCAGCUGACGAAGCUUCAUUUGUAGCACCUUCAGAGCCGGUAAAAAGAAGAAGUAGGCGAUCAAGGGCACAAAUAUCAAGUAUUCCUGUGGAAAAUUCGGAAUCAGAUUUAUCCAGCCUUGAUAACAGCGAUAGCGAUGCUUCGAAAGUUGACGUUCUUCCAGAUUCGACAGGAGAUUCGAUGGAAGUCAUUGAAAGAAGAACACUAAGACGAGUUAGAGCAAAUUCAAAGGUUUCUGAUACAGUUGAUACCACUGUUGGAAUUGUGAAAUCCCAAAGUGCUCUUCCAGAAAAAGAUAAAACGCUCGAAUCAUUUGCAAGUUCAUCUCCGAUAGGAAGAACAUCUAUAAAUGAUAAUUUCAAGUUAAUACGUAAGCCUAACGAUACUUCUGAUAUAAAUAACUCAAUACAAGACGUUCAAAAUGCUGAUGAUUAUAAUUAUGCACCAAAAUCUGCUGAAACUGUUCAAACAAAAUCGAUUAGGAACUCAACAGAACAUGCUAUGUCGGAACCUGAUAGUGAUAACUCGACAUGUUCUGCAACACUUGAUAAUGAAGAGCCGUUUAUAGUUCCGAUCGUCCCUAUACAAACAAGAUUUAACAAAAGAGGUAGAAAAUCUAAAGACCUGAAUAGAGGAGGAAAUGAUGCGGAUCAUGUUUCUAUUUCUGGUAGUGAUGAGCCGGUUUCUGUUGUAAAUGACAUACUUAUAAACAUGACAGAUAAAAUGGAGGCAUCUACCAACCGGAAGCCUUCGACUACAACUGCUGAACUAUUGCAAGUAAGACUUCCAAAAAGGUCUGAUCGAAAAGGGAAAGCCGCGAAGUCUCCUAUUGAACACGAUGAGACUCAGAAUGAAUUUGCAGAUAGGAACAAAAAUGGGCAAGUUGGUGACCAGUCAGUUGGUACUGCCCAAAAGCCGCAUGAUGAAGUUCCAGUUAAAGAUGAAAAUAAAAUUAUGGAUAGUUUGUCAGUUGGUAAUGCAGCGCAACAAGAUAUACUCCCAAAAAGAACUCGAAAAUCAUUGCGAGCAUCAGACGUUGACUCUUGUACGUAUGAUAGCUGUGAAUCUUUGAAUAGUAAAACUGAAGUGCGUAAAACUACAGAUGACGGUGCAGACAUUGGUAGUGAGCGAGAAGCCGAUGCCUCUACCGAGCCUUGCCCGAAAAGAUCAAAUCGAAAAACAAAGCUAAUAAAAACAUCAGGUGUUGAGUCAAGUGUUACCGAGAGUUGUGAAUCAUUAAAUGAGAUAAGCAGUGUACAAACUAAUACUUUUACCGACCAAUCACAAAAAGUUCUGUCAAAAAGAACAAGUCCAAACGUAAAGCAAACUUCCGAUAAUAAGGACAAUGUAUCCAACAGCUGUAAAUCUUUGAAUUAUAUUGGAUUAACAAAAGAUAUUGGAAAUAUUUCGGAAACACACAUUCCUGAUGUAUUAAUGAAACUUCCAAAAAGAGGCAAUAGAAAGUCAAAACUUUCAGAAACAUCGGAUGUUGAGUCCAAUAUACUCGAUAGUUGUCGACCUUUGAACAACUCUGACAUGGAUAUAACUACAAAGGAUGACAAGAACAUUUUUAAUGUAGAAAAGUCUGAGGCAAUCAUCGAACCUCUACAAACAACACUGACAAAAAGAUCUAGUGGAAAAUUCACAGCUUUGCAAACAUCUGAUCUUAAAAUCGAUGGAGGUAAAACAAAUGAAAACGAAGAGAUUGCACUUGUAGAAACAUCUGACGCUUCUAUCAAAAUACAGCAAGUAACAUUGCCAAAGAGAGGUAGUCGAAAAAUAAAACUCUCAAAAUCAUCUGAUAUUGGCUUAGGUAUGUCUGAAAAACUUGAAUCUCUGCUCAAUGUGACUGAUGAAGUUAACAACGAAGCUGAAGUCAGUAAAGUAAAUUCCCAUACUCCUGAGAAAAUAAUAUUGAGGAUUUCAAAAACGGAUGUUGGAGCUAACAAAACACAAGAUAAAGCAAGCAGGUCAGAUAUUACUAAAUCAUCUAUAUCCGACAGUGUUAAAUUACAUUCAGAUGUCAGUGAUUUGGCGCCACCAGGUCAGGAUAUUUUAAACAGCGAAAAAAACAGUGAAGAACCAUUUGUACUUCCUUUGAAGCCAGUUAAAAUCAAAGUUUCGAGACGAAAGGGGAAAUGUAGACGACGGACAAAAGUUUCGCUUACAAAAGCCCCAAAUGAAAGUGAAGGCGAUGUUGAUCCAAACAUUUCUGAUAACGUUGAUUCAUUUUCUGACAUAAGUGCUAGUGAUCAAUCUGACAUUGAGUAUAUGAAUGGUCCAAUGAAAACAACACAAAGAAUUAGUAGAUCUACGAGCGGUUCAAAACUUUUUCCUGAAAAAGUUCAGUCUGAUGCAUCUGACAGUUGCGAAACAUCCGAUUUUGAAAAAAGCGAUGAAAAUUCUCUAGCUGCCCCACCAAUAAAAACAACUACCAAGAAACGACGUGAUAAAAUGUCUUUAAAUUCCAAGUGUACAAAAGCAUCAACUUCAUCAGUUGAAUGUUUAGCGCUUGACGUCAGCGAUAAUGUGCCGGAACAUUUAGAUGAUUUAUCGAAUGAAAAAAAUGACGCUGUGGAGCCCAUUCAAUGGAGAUAUGUUGAUGAUACUAAGAGUGAUGUAGUUGACACUGGCGAUCUUCAUUUGUUAGAAAAAGGCAGAGUGUUGAAGCGAUCUAGUAAAGCAAGAAAAACUAAGGUACCAAACAACCCCAGUACCACACAAAAUGUCGAUGCGAUCUCAAAUAUCAAUAACAUUGACAGAGAAGUUCAAGAUGAUCAAAAAUAUGAGUCAGAUUCUGAAAAACCAGUUUCAUCUACACCUCAGUCAGAAAAAAGAAUAACAACCAGAAGAAGAGCCAAGAUUCCUGAAAAUGUCUGUGAUGAUUUGGAAUCCAUAAACACUUCAAUUAUUGAAUUAUCAAAUGAGGAGAUAACAGAAAAAUCAGUUAAUGAUUCUCCAACUGAAUCCCUUUCCUGCAUGCCUAAAACAGAGCUUAGCGAUUCUGGAGCUGAAUCAAUCAGAAGGAAACUGCCUCAGAGGAGAGCUAAGGAAUCUAAACCUACACAAGAUCUUAAUACAUCUCUAUCGUCGUCUAAUGAUGAAUCAACAACUAUUGAAUCCGAUAUAUCUAACAGGAUUGAAUCCAGUAAUGACAUGUCUAACAAUCAAACAUUGAAUCCUAACAAUUCUUCUGAUGUUAGUUGUGAAGCAAGUUUUGUUACACCUACCAGGAGAUCCAAAAGAUCGAAGAUAUCCGAAAACUCAAUAGAUACUGACAGAAGUUUGAAUGAAUGUAGUGAUAAGGAAACGCAAAAUUUUGAUGCCAAGAUUGACCAACCAACCCUAGAAGAUGUAGAACUACAUAGGCAAAAUCUUAUAGCAACAAUGUCAAAAUCGUCUAGUUCCUUAGAUACAUCGCUAGAACUCAGUACAACUGAAGGUCAGGAAAAUGACAAGAGUAAAGAAAUACAAGAAAAAGAAACUGCUUUGGAAGAUGCCGGACUAGAUACGAAAAUUAUUGAGAAUAGUGAAUCUGAUAAUGAACAACAUAAAAGAAAAUCUUCAAGGUCAUCUAAUAGAUCGAAAACUCUUGAUAUAUCAGAUGAAUUAACAGACAAAAAAGAUCUUGCUUUUCAUGAAGAUUCGAAAAAUGUAGAAAAAAUAGAUUCGGCAAUCGACGAUGCAGAAGCUUCUGUGAUAGACAGUACAGUUGCCAGUAAUGGUCAAACUACAAAAGCAACUAGUAUUGUGAUAGAUCAGACGUUUAUUGCCCCAAUAGAACCAAUACAAAGGAAACCUUCUAGAAAAGGCCGCAGAGUUAGAAGUGUUAAUAAGCAAAACGUCAUAGAUUCUAGCGCUUCCGAAGACAACGAAUCGUCUGAAGAUAAUUCCUUGAAAAAUGGAGAAUCCUUACCAAAAAGGAGGUCAACAAGGACGAAAGAGCAAGCUGCUCAAAACCUAAAUGUGAAAACAUCUGAAUCAGAGUCAUCAGAAGAUUCCAGAGAUAUGAUCAGUAGAAAUGAUAUGUCAGAUUCUACAAGUUCAUUAGACAACUGCGGGACUGAAAAUUUUGUCAAUAAACCAGAUCCUAAAAUUGACUCAGAAAUAUUGCUUAGCGAUUUUCUGGAUCAAAGAGUUACAAGAAAAAUGAAGAAAUUUAUCAAUGGUAGUUACGAUUCCACAGAACCUCAGCAGAUCAAAAAUGAAGACCUCAUUGAGAAAAGUGAUUCCAGCGAGUUGGCUCAAAAUAUCUCACCAGAUAAUUCUUUCUUGGACACUGCGAUCGCAGGAAAAACAGUGGAAAAUAAAGGUACUAAGCUGAUGGAGAAAAUCGACACGAGGGACACAAUGACUGAAACUCAAAAACCGAAGCGAGCAAACGUUCCACAAAGGAAAUGUAAAUUUAACAUUCCAGCUGUAGAUGUCAGUAAAAGUGAAAGUGUCACAGAGUUAGGGACGCCAGAGAAAUAUAUAGAUCUAAGAAAUCCAUCUGACAUUCUUCACCAGUUGAUAGAAAAUAAACUAGAUCAAUUGCAAAAAACAAACGAUACUGUGGAUAUAACCAAACAGAUGGAACACAAUGAUAAUUUAGAGGUUGAAAAGAAAAACAAUGUCAUUUCAAAAAGGAGAGGUAAACCGAAGACAGUUAAGAAAACACAAAAGCUAAAGACAUGUCCUGACAUUAAAGUUAGUGAGAAUGGCUCUAUACAAAAUAUUCCGAAUUUGACCAAAAAAACACCAGGAGACGUAUUUGAUCAGUUAAAACAGUCUAAUGAUACAAUAUUACUAGCAAAAAAUAAAGUUUUUGAUGCUCCAGAAGGUAGAGUUGAGAAGUCGUUGGAUGAUGUUUCUCACUUAGAAGCUAGCUUUAGUGAACCUGAAGACCCACCAUCAAGAGAUAUCGAAUCUAACGUGUCUGAAUCAAAUGAAAACUUUGAAGCUUAUGAAGAUAAGAGAGAUACCGAAAGGAAAAAUGAAAAGGCUAAAUUGAAACCCGAAAGUAAUGUGCGCAGAUCACGUUCCGCGCCAAUGAAAAAAGCUAAAAAGUUCACUGAAAGCAGGUUUCGUUCGAAAUCUCCAAAGAAAUGUCACAAAUCUAUGGACGACCAAACAAUUGAGGACGCGAUUACCGAUGACUCUGGCAUUGAAAAAUCUAUAGACAAUUCAGUAACCGAGCUUGAUAACGAUGUUUUUGAAAGACCUCGUAAUUUGAGGAAGAAGCCUCAUAUCAGUUAUGUUGAACCAGAUAUUAUGCACACCCCCAGGAGAGAAGACAGUGACGUUAUUUCAAUCUUUGACCUGUACGAUAUGAAGAGGUUUACCACAUUUAACAGAGAUGUUUCAGCUAAAAAACAAGUCGAUAGCAUGAAAAAGUCGUUGACAACUAAGAAAGCGGAUUUGACUGCCGAUGUGAAUGAAGUUUUCACGAACCCCCUUAUAUCCACUUUAGAACCACCUGAUCUAAAAGACGAUGGACAGAAAUUAUCUUAUCUAGGUGGACCCUUAGUGGAUGAUAUCACGCAAACUAAGAAUUUGCCUAUGAAGGAUAUCGAUUACUUUUCUGAAGAACAAACCACGUUAAAAACCACCAACGAAGAGCCAAUUCGGAUAGUAAUCAAUAAGCAAAAAACUAGGAGGAAAUCGAGGAGUUUCAAAAAGACCGAUCUCAAAGGUCCGAAUGACCUCUACGAAGAUUUUGCUUUAGUUAUCAAAAAGCCGAAAAAAGGCGUCACGCCGAUAAUAAGAUUUAGCCCUGCAGACACAUUUCUCAAAGAUACUGAUACAAGUGACGUUAAACUUCCUGGCACUGAAGGUGAGCAGAAUCUCUUAGAACCAGAAAAUAAUCUAUCAACUUUGGAUGGUUCCAACGAAGAUAAUACAGCAGACGUAUCUGUAGAGGAAAUGGACAUGGAACUAGAUGAAAUACCAAUUCCGCCUAAAAUCAUAGAAACCGAAAAGUUGGCUCAACCUUCACAAAUAGAUGAAAUUAAUAAUGGAACAAAAAACUUAUCAAAGAAGAAUACCAAAUGUAAAAGGCCGAACAAAAAUAAAAACAAGAUGAACACUGCUAUACCAUAUGAGGGUUUUAAACUAAGCGAAGCUGGAAAUUCUGAUAAUGUAUUUUUUGAGCCUAACACAGAUAUCGAGAAUAAAAAAAUUGUAGGUUCUUUCGUUCCAAAGUUCAAAGAAAUGGAAAUACCUGAUGUCCUUAGGUUUGGAGCUGAAAAUGUAGCCAGUGUAGCUCCCAAAGAACUAGAAACCAGAUCUAGGAGAAGUAAAAGACUUGACCCAAUAGUUGACCCAAAUAUCCAGAAAACAGAAGCCAUCAACAAAUCUGGGGAAGUUGAUGUUAAAAAUAUAAGACGUAAAGGAAAGACGACCGAAAAAAAUUUUGCGUUAUCAAACCGAGAUGUCUUAGAUGAAAAAUUGGCUGUAGUUGAAAAAGAACUUGAUUCAACAAUCGAUGCUGUGUUGCAAGCAACUAACGUAUUUGGUAAUGAGUUUGAAAAUACUUUGGAUGUUUUAGACAAGAUUAUACCUGAUGCAGAUAUUAAUGAAACGAAAGUCAAGAACGGAAAGAGCAACCGAAAGUCUGGGAAAACUGGUUAUACAUUAGAUGGAGUGAAUAUUGAAAAUAAUGUUUCGGAACAAAAUGUCAGAUCGAAUUUAAGGUCAAUGAGAAAUAAAAAAUCUGAAGAAAUUAUUUCUGUACUAACAACAACAAUUGAGCAAAAUCCUAAUAAUAGUGACAUACCUACCAAAGAAACAAAAUCUAGAGAUGAAUCUGGAAGAGCAAAUAGCAGUGAGUAUGAGAAUAUGGUGGACAUAUUUGAAAACGAGCUGAUGAGAGGUAUACAAAUAGAUCAGCACACGGAAAAACGAAAAACUAGAUCGAAAAGAGGUAACAAAAAGUCUGAGAAAGAAAUGGAAACAACGAUUCACAAUGUUUUGGAAGCUACCAGUGUUUUUGAUAAUGCUUUGGGAAAUCUCAUCGAUGAUAUUGAACACCAGAUUAUUCCCGAGCUGAAAGAAUCUGCCAAAAUUGACAGUGUUGUCGAUAUAAAAUUUACAAAAGAGCAAUCGAAAGGUCGUGAAUUGGAAGAUACUGUUAUUUUAGCUGAUGAUAAACUGCAAUUGGAUCAAGGAAUCGAUCCAGUGAUCGAUGAUGAUACUGAUGAUGAUUUGGAUGAUGAAUUCGUUGAUGUAAUGAAGUCUGAAAGUACGCCAAAAACAAAGAAAUGGAAGAAUUAUGAUGGUGAAGUUGAAGGAGGUUCCAAAGAAUCAACCCAAGAAGCGUUCCAAGCUACAGACAUAGAGUCAGAAUGCACUGGAGAGGUCAACAGAGAUAUACCUGAAGUAGAAGCAGGUAUUAACGUUCCUGAAACAACAUAUCUAGAUCCUACAUCUGUAAUUGAUAGCUCUACAGACAUUGGUAUAGAAAAGGAAAUUGUGGGAAAACGAAUAUUAAGAGGUAGAUUCAAAAGGACUAGUAAAAAGUCAAAACAAGUAGUAGAAGCGUUAGGUAUUACUGAUGAAGAUAAAUUUAUCGAGCCUAAACCAAAAUCCAAAAGCAUCAAUAAGGUAGCAAGUUCAGUAACUAAUGAUCUUACUCUUCAUAACGUCUCAUCUGACAAAGAAAAAGGUAAAACCAAAGAUGUAGACAGUAUAUAUGCUUUCAGUGAAAGUGAAGACCUUGAAAUUGAAAAACCUGCCGAACUGCCUCUUAGAUUGCCAAGAAAAUGUAAUAUAACAACUGCACCUGAACGUCCGAAUGUCGUUGAUCAGAAGAGUCAAAAAGUCGCCACAGAAAACAAAGAACUGCCUAGUGAAAACACAAAGGAUAUUACGAGCCUCGAAGAAAAAAUCAGAUGGGCUAUUAAAAAAUCGUUGAUCGAACAGUCUGAACCUGAAAAAAUAGAUAAUGAAAAUGCCUUCAAUAAAAAGUCAGACCUUUGUCAUGUGAUUGAACUGAACAAAAUUAGUUUAAAUACUGGCCUUUCAGUACAGCACACCAUACCACAGCCAUCAGAUAUUGAUCAUGAAUGUAUUCCUAAUAUUAUGGAUAUAAGUAAAAGUUACAAUGAAGUUGAGGUUCGAUCAGGCAAUAGAAGGGCGAGGAACGCAAAAAAUAAGAAAACGAAAAGGUCUGUAAAUUCUCAAAGCGUACCAGUUGAAACCGGUAUUAAUCAUCGUGAUGGAGACCAAGCAUACACAAAGGAAGACAUUUCAGGAAACAUAGAUGGCGAAAAUUUAAAUGAGGAGGAUGCUGCAAAGGACAACGACAAAAAAUCUGAAGUUCAACCUCGAGACUUUUUCAAUACCAGCGAAAGAUCUAAUUUGGAUAGCUCAUUAGUUGAUGAUAUAAGCAUAAACAAUAUCGAUGAAGAUUUUUUAAAUAAGAUCGAAUCGAGUGAAGAUAUUUUAGAUGAAAUUUAUAACGAAAUCGACAAGAAUGAUACCAGCAAUGAAAAAGGUAACUCAGUUUCCGGAAAAACCGAAAAACUUAUUGGAGUAUCAUGUCUAAAGAUAGGAGAAGUUAAGGAGAUCGGAGAUGUUUCUAAUAAAGUCGUUGCAAACAAAAUUGCUGCUGAUACCGUCGAGAAAGACAUCGGCGUAAGUAGAUAUAAUGCUUCCAAAAAUACCAGAGGUAGAGUAUCGAAGAAAAGAGGAGGAAAAUCAAAAAUUAUUGGAGAUGAGAAUUCUGAUAAUAUUGAAAGUAGAAAUGCUAUUUCGGCCAACACUGGAAGUGACAAAAUACUUGGACAUGUCACACAAGAGCCGUCUCAAAAUGAAAUUAAGGUAAUGGCAGCCCUAGAAGAUAAUAAAAAAUCUCUUAAAGAUGGCGGUAUAAUAUCGGCCAUACAUCAUAGCGAUCAAAAAACUGAUAAGCCCAACGAUGUCUUCGACAUAAGUACCGGCGUAGAACAACAUUUGCUCGCCGAUAACAGUGAUAAAUAUAUUGUUGAUGGAAUCUUUAACACACCUGAUAGGGAGAAAGUUAUUUUAGAAGAAAUUGAUAGAGAAAUAGAGGAAAGUAAAGCAACCAGGGCAACGAAAAAGGGGAAAAAAUCAGAAUUUAUGUUUCCUGAAAUAGACCCCUCGGAACUACCUCAAAUGAAAGAACAAACUGAUAAAAUUGUUGAAAGCGUAUUAGACCAGAUUGAUAAAGAUGCAUGUAUUUUAGCUGAAAUCGAUAAGGAGAUCGAUGAAAGCAAAAACGCUAACGUAAAGACAAAAAAGAUCACAAAAAGAAAAAACCGCAAAUCUGGAUCAUCUUUAGCUAAUGAUACAAGUCUGAUUAAUAAUCAUAUGAGUCAAGAAAAACCAGUGGAAGCUAGUUUGAUCGAAAACGGAUCUCAAUCAAUGAUUGAAACUCCUGUAGAGCCAGACUUGAAUGAGAAACCAGUUGAUAAAAAUGCGCCAUCUAAGAAAAGAUCACAUUCAGAAAUUUUCGAAACAGAACCAGAAAUUGAACCGCAUGAAGAGAGCCUAAGAAAGAGGUCAGUAAGAACAGCGAAAGUUAAAGCUUUAGAACACAUACAUGAUGACGCAUUGGCUGAGUUGACAGACAGUGAAAUAAACAGGCAGACUGGUAGGAAAAAAGUAGAUGAAGAUACGACUGCUGGUGUGAAAAAUACAAAGAAGCAGGCUAAAAACAAACUACUUCCAGUGAUAGAUCCAUUGAGCUUUCCAAAGGACAUUUUGCAAGAGAAGGCACCUCUACUGGCAGACUUGGUUGCAGACUUGGCUGGGCUGGAAGAACUCAGGAAUAGUAUAGAAAGGGAGCUUAGGGCAGAAAAUGAUCUUGAAGAGGUAGAAGAACCAAAGCAACUCGACGAAGAAAAUCUAGAACUAAGGAGGAGUAGAAGAAAUUCUAGAAAAGUUGCUUCUUACAAUGAAAAUGAGUUGGAUCCUAUUUUAGAUGCUUUGGAAAAUAAAAAUAGUACCAAAAAGAAAGAAACAGUCGUGAAAGAAAAUAAAGCUAAUAAAGAUACCGAGAAGAGAUUAAACAGUGAUGCGUUAUUCAGUAUGUUGAAAGCAUCGACCACUGAUGAGACGUUGGACCCAAAACCGCAAAAUUCGUUUUUAAACAACUUAGAAGACAAUUCUAGGGAAUUAAACGAUCAAAGUUUUGAUAAUGUGUUUGAUAAUCUCAUCGAAAAAUCGACUCUCCUCAUCAAAGCUAAUGCAAAUAGAAACAGCGAAAAGCAGAAAGAUCCUGAUAAAAUCUAUGAAUUUACGGACAGCCCAGAAACCGAAAGUUUACCAAUCGUUGAAGAUUGUAUGACUAACAAGAGCAAGAGACCAUCACAGUGCAUCACGCCUUCUAUCAAAAUACCGUCUGAUGAGAAUGAAUCUAUAUCGUUAGAGCCUCCUGUAGAAGUUACAGAUAAAGUUAAAACAAGUGAGAAAAAUAGUGAUAAUUACUGUGAAAUUUGCAACAAGUCAUUUGUAAGAGUGGAAAGCUUAGUGAAACAUAAAAGAACGAUAACGCAUAUCCAGAAAUUGUCCGAGAUCGAGGCAAGGGAAGCUUCGGAAAAGCAAAGAGCAGGUGAAACUCAGCAAGAUGCAGAGGUUGAUCAUGCUCCAGUUGCAGACGACACGCCAAAUAUAGACACUGCCGAAAAAGAAUCUCUGGUUGAACCUGUCUCAGCUUCUUACUCUGAUUCGAUGAAAUUAGAUGACUCUGUCAGUCGCGAGCUUCAAAAACCUUUUCUUGAAGGAAACGAAAAGUUUGUAGAUAUAAUUAUGAAGAGCAGUGCUGAAAUUGAGCCGAAAUAUAAAAGAUACAAAAGCCUUGGGGAGCGGAAGAGCUUCGAGUCCGAAAGUUCUGUCCCAGCUGAUUCAAUCUCUGAACCUUACCUCAUCUCGAAAACGUCCAUAUUGGAAAAACAGAUCAGUUUGCUCGAAAAUAUCAUCGAAAAUCGUACCGGUGUCAGUUACGUCGAUGACAUAUCUGUGACGUCGACUAACUCCGAGAUGCGGGCAACAUCCACUGUGGACGCGAUAAAAACUGUCAAUGACUCAGAACGCGGAUCAAAAAGAACAUGUGAUGACAGUUUCCUCAAACCGGCGCAAUACGAAGAAAUCUCGGAAGACAGCGCGAAUCUACGGAACUACGAGGAACAGAAGUUACGAAAAACACUCAACAGGGACGAAGAAUUGUUCCUAGAAUGCUGCAGCCUGCUGAAAAGCGGUUCAGAGGUGUCAAAGAGCAGACACGCAGCAUGGUCGAAAGACAAGAGCGUGCCGCACAAGCCGCCUUUCGAAGAAGCCAAUGAAUCUAGUAACGGGAACUCACGCAUCGCAACUCCUUUAGGUAGCAGUUACGAUGAUGACGCGUCCGACUCCAAUACGAUAUCGUCUAAUUGGGGGUUGAGGAAUGAGACAACGAAGGAUCUGAAGAGGGACGGCGAUAAAAGCAAAAUCCUUGGAUUCCGGAUAAAUGAGGAAGAACGUGAAGCUUUAAAUCGUGAGAACGAGAUUUCCAAGCCCCUUAACAUCACUCCCUCUGAAAAUGCCAAGCCGGACGAACUGCUUGAUGCCAAAAAGUUCGUGACAAAGGGAGCUAGAAAAGUGUUUGAAGGCUUGAAAGUAUCAAUUCCUACUGAAGAACUUAAUAUGGAGGAGGUCUUAAGUACCGGACAGAAAUGCAAAAAAGGUGAUGAUGUGGAAAAAAUGGAGGACGUACCAAAGAAAGCUUCAAGAAAAUCAAAGCCGGUGAAGAAAGCGCAAGUUGGAAGCAACCUUAUGUUCAAAGUGAAUAAGAAGAAGGGAUCACCGAAUACAAACAUUGUGAUCCAAUCUGAAGAACCAGAAACAAACCUCGACGUAUAUGACUUCGAAGAAACUCAGGAUAAUACGGAAGUUUUCACCAAACCAGAUUUCAAGGCUUUCAAAAGCGUAAAGCCCACUGAUCUUCAAGAACCUAUAGCCGAACCAACCGAUCAAGAAAGCGAUACAGACAGCAGAGACUACUUGGACACCUUUACUGUAGAACGAGACUCGAGCGUAUCAUCUUUGGCCUCGAGCGUAGUGAAGAAGCCUAAAGCACAAGAGAACAUCACAAAGAAGAAAUGCAUGAUCAUGGGUAGGAUAUUCAAGAAUGCAGCCAAGUCCAAAGUGGAAGAUAUCGACGAGGACAUCAGAGCUAUUCCUCCGAUUGACAAUGAUGAGUUGAUAGAGAACUAUGUUGCCAGUUGUAAGAGGGUAAUACGAAAUGAAUCAAAGCCGAAAUUGAGCGAGUCAGAGAUCAACUUGCUUUUUGAUCAGCUACUGGAAGAUAAAAUCGAAAGUAAAGAAGGUGAGCAAGCUGAGCCAGAAGCCGCUUCAAAACCCGCACCUCCUACAGCACCGCCAGUAAAACCUAAGCAAGAAUCCAAGGAGGUCAACAAAAAGCUCGAAACCAAAAAGAAACCUUCGAAAAUGAAAGGCAAAAAGCGUGCGAGGACGCAAUCGGACUCUACCGAUGACGAAUUCAAAAUAACAAACACCUCAAAACGAUCAUAUAAGAAGACUGCCAAGGAGGAGGACAGCUGCAUCAAUUUGGAACUAGAAUUGAAGGAAUGCAUUGGUGUUGCUAGCCGGAAGAGUCAAAGGAAGUGCACGAGUGGAAAGCAAAACGUACUGGUCGAGUACUGGAGUUCCGACGAGUCACAGUUUGAAGCGAUGCUCGAAAGCCAGAAGAUCACCACUAAAACAAUCGCUGACACGGAACCUCCUCAAACAAUGCCAGAACCGGAAGAAAAACCUAUCGUCGAGAACAAACCUGAUCCUGUUAUAGAACAACAACCUGCUGGAGAGAAACCACCGAAAGAGAGAAAAGUGCAAUCAAAAAAGACUGUGACCGCAAAGAAGAAAAAGCAGCGACCGAAAGGUGCAGCCAUAAGAGAUGAAGUGACCAAGGAAGCCAUGGAAGGAUCUGCCGCGCAGACAAAUAGAAGGAAGCGGGCUGCCACAAAUCCCCUCUAUCAUUGGUCAAGUUCCUCGGAGGACGAGUCGCAGGAUUUGAUUGAGGUAAAACCGAUAAGGGACGAACCGGAGGACGACGAAGACCGGCCAAUACAGCAUGGUUGGAUCGUCGGGGAUUCCCCCAAGAAGCUGGUCACUAUGCUGGCGCAAGCCAAAGGCAAAAAGACGGACACGGAUACCGUCAAGGAGCAGGGCAAGAAACGGACUGCUAGUAGCGCUGUUAGUUGACGAUUGAAUUAGUGAAUGUUGUUUAGUUAGUGCAUUUAUAUACAAAACAUUUGUAAAACGAAUGAGUGAAGAUAAAAAUGGGAAUUAGAAAAGUUACCAUUUUUAUCAUGGUCGUAGUUAAACGCCAGUAUGUUGGUUUUAUUUUAAGAAGGUUCAUAGACCACUGCAAGUAGUGAAUCUGAUUUAAUUAAAUCCUUUAAAUAAAUGCAUAGAAUGAAAAAUAUGUUCAUUCUGGUCAUAGGAUGAAAAGCAACACUUCAAGUUACCGCAGUACUAGCAAUAACACAGGGAGUAAAGAUGAGUGAAUUAUAUAUUAUCUUAUAUUCUGCUUUUAGGGAGAGAUAAAGCAAACGUAAUGUUCAGAGCUUCAAUUACCAAUUUCUGGUUUUACCGCACAUAUGUAUGUAGCAUGAUAUUCAUGCAUUUUUUGCCAUUUGCAAAUGUGGUGUGCAGGGAAGUCUUCAGCUGCCUUUGUCGGCGAUUUUCCGUAGUACCGUGAUGAUUUGACUUGAAAGAGUAGACUGGUAAUUUUGUGAUAAUGCAAUAAAAUGAAAACCUAAUAAUUGUGUGUAAAAUGUUUUCAUGAAAAAGAUACAAGGCAUAAAAACAUAAAAUAAUUGAAUCAACAACCCAACAAUAUUUAUGCUGACAACAGAAUCACAUAUCGAAGGUCUCAAAUCAAUACCUCGUAAGUGCGAAAAUGUCGAUUUUCUGAUUUUGUUCUGUUUUGAUGUUGUAUGGGAUAUAGGAACGACGAGGUAUUGAUUUGAGAUCGUCGAUAUACAGCGCGAACAGUCGAAAUGUAAUGGAGACGCGACAGCAACUCUUUCAUUUUUCGACUAUGAAACCUUCUGAAACUUGAAACCAAAUGUUUACUGGCUGCACAUAGCGUGCACUAUAAUUAUUGUAAAUUUCGGUAUAUUUAAAAUGUGUACAUAAUUUUCUAGGUGGUAAGGUAAGGAGUAAAAUUGUAUUUUUUAAAUGGCAGCUUUGACGUACGUUCUAUGUGUAUUGUUCUCGACUGCAUUUAAGACUUGACACUUUUCUUAGUCACAUGGUUGCACUGCGGAAAUGUAACAAAAAUCGGGGCAGCUAUUCAAAUUCAAAGUUAGUCGUGCUCGAAUGCGCUUUUGCAGAAGUUGUAACCUGCAGUUCUUCAGAUGAUGUCAUGAUGGUGGACAGCAUGAUUUGAUAUUACUGGUAGAUAUUUGAUUAUUUGAAAGCACUAAUGCUUAGCUUCAGUUGUAGUUUCAAGGUAACCACACUAACCAUUAAUCAAUAUGUUUAUUCUCUUGUUACUAUUCAAGGUUAGAUGAGAGAAGUGUCAAUGUUUAGCGCAGUUUAUAUUGUAUUUCGUAAGGCACUAAAAAUAUAUAUAACUUUAUGCCUUAGAGAAUGUAUUUUUUUCAUAUACUUUAAUGUAUGUGGAAUUUAUCAAAAUUCUAGGUUUUUGUCUGUUGUUAUACAGAAGACAGUUCGAUUGUUUUAUGUGUAGGCUGCCACUAUUGCCAUUUUUAUAAAAAGGGUUUACCGAAAUAUAUAAAUAAAUUUUGUUAAAAAUUCGACUAUCAUUUAUCCACGAGUAUAAUCAAAAUUUUUAUUAUAGGUAGUUAAAUUUGUGUUCAUAGCUUAUAAGAAUGUAUGGAUUAUUCAAUAAGAAUGGCACUACUUCAAGAAUCUUUUCAAUUCAUUUUUUUACAUUUAUUCGUAGUACGUGAAUAAGUCUUAACAGUUUAUAAAAAUAGAAUUUACUAUAUAGAGAGCUGUCUACAGAUCCAGUAACAUGUCUUGGCCCACGAAGUUUGAUUGAUGGCAUAGAAGGAAAAUAUAAAAAAGAAUAUAGUAUCAUUGAUUAAUGUAUUUAUUUGAAAUGUCGCAUCCGUUCAGUCGACUACGUUAAUAGUAGUUUUUUUGUUGGAAAUACACAUCUAAAUUUUAGCCGUCUUCUGUCAGAUUUUUGCUUUGCUGUCACCAACUGAAUGUUUUUGAAGUAAAACACUUCAUGGACCUUGGCCUGUUCUUAUUGUAGCUAGCUAUUAAACUAUAACAGAAUCUAAAAGCUCCAAUUAUACGUUCAGAUUGACGGGGCUAUUGCUAAAAACGCACAUUUUUUAUUUGUUGAAGUAGCUCUAUUACACAUGGAUUAUGCCAUACAAUGUUUCUGUUUUAUUACCUUUAUUAUUUUGUUUAUAUUUGUUUUGUUUUCAUAUUUUGCUGUUUACACUGCCAAAAUGUGCCUUGGGUCGUUUUGCUGGGUUAACCUUUGUAAAUAGUCGCGUCGUAAACAUGAUAUAUAAUAUAAAGAUAUGUUUCAUAUAUGGGAACAAAAAGUUAUAUCUACUGUCACUGUUUGUCAGUCAUGUAAAUUUGAGAAAAUCUUCAAUAAACGAUUUUCUAGUAGGUAAAAAUCAGG